AUGGAUUCAGCCAUGGACAUAUCCGCUAGGGCCCCGUCUCCCUCCCCCUCAUCCGAUUCUGAUAGUGAUUCUUACAACACCGAAUCGGCUCGCAUCUAUUUCGGCCCUCUUAAGACACCAGAGCGCAAGUUUGCCGCCGCUGCGGCCUCCAAGCGUCUCUUCCCUCCCCCAUCCAACUCCUCUCUCCGCCGCUCUCCGAGGCUAUCUAGCCCCAGACCAAGAUCGGCCACGCCAACCGAUGUGCAACCCACACGUGAAGACUUGGAUGAUAUUGAACGGGUUGCACAACUAGUUCGCGAGUCGGAGGAUGAGGAUGAAAGCAUGCCUACCUCAGGUUCAGGUACUCCACAGAACGGCGAAGUUUUUGUUGAUGAACCAUCCUCCGCACUCGCUGAUAAAGUUCUACAUGCACUUGAUAACCCUUCGCCCCCUCCAAGUCCACCCGCAGCAUUAAGUUUAUUUGACCCAUAUCACACGACCGUCCCAGAGGUAUCUACCGACUACCAAGCGGACCUAAUGUCCCUCACGAUCAAUGACAAGACCGAAGAGGAUGAUGAGAAUCCUCUGUACAAUCCUCCCACUAAUUUUCAACCUAGUCAACCGCCAUUGCCCUCUGACGUUCCGGUGGACUUGACCAAUGAAGCAGCAGCUGAGGGGAAUCUGAUAUCUUUUGACUCAUUCAUGACGCCGCCUAAGCAGGAUACUGCUUCUGGCAAUGUGAGUGAUCCCACAGUAACCAUUCUGCCUUCUGUUGUGCUCUCCGUGGACGACUUAUUGGCACAGUCUCCAAGUCCCGGAAAAAUUCUCAUGGCUUCUCAAGUCACCAUUCCAACCGUGCUAAUUCAAACACAUGAACAUAGCGCCCAGGAUGCGGGCUCACCAAUGGCCGUUGACAAUGCAAACCUGAUCGAUACAGGGAUUGAAAUGUUACCUGAAUUCACAGUGGGUUCUACGUCUGGAGAUCUCCAACCACAACAAGACAUUCUCGUUGAAGAUGUGAAUCAAACACCAACUCCGAAGCUCGGAGAGGCUCCAACUACAUUGUUAACCCAAUCACUACAAGGCAAUCUAACUGACGAUGUGGAUUCGACGCAAAUGAUGGGAGUAGGUGAGGGUUCCACGACUCCGCUACGUCGCUCGACGCGUCCUCGCAAAAGUAUUACACCGAAUCCCCCUGCUCCAAUUGCUCCCAUCCCAUCUCCUCCUUCUAUAGCGCGAACAAAGGUCAGAAGGAAGUCUGUAGCAGUAGACCCGAAAGAGGAGAUCAUUGCUGACUCUCAAGACGAAGAUGAACCUCAGCCCCGAACUACACCUGUGGCUGCACGAGUUAGGCAUCGCAGUCCAGGGAAGGUGCCCCUCUCUUUUCAGCGAGAACUUGGCUCCCUUUCUCCUACCUCAUCUAAUGUCCUUUCCACAUUGGCUUUCAGUGCAGGUGAUGACUCAACAGCAACUGAUGUUGCUGCUGCAGCUCCUGCUAGUGAUUUAGCAACCAUUGAACCAUCCCAACCGACCCUUUCUUUCUCUGUGUUUGUCCCACCGGAAACUGCUGGGCCGAGUACUCCAAUUCGUAAUACUGGUCCUAUCCGUUUCGUGAGCCCAUCGAAAGCCCAAACUUCCCCGAACAAAUUCCGAAUACAGACUCCCUCCCUAAAUGAUCCAACCGUCACUCCCGCCCGCCGCAUUCCAAUUUCCGAAGGCAUUGCUCAAGGCUAUAUUUCUCCUGAAAAGGCAGCUCAAUUGGGUUAUAAACCACCAGCCGCCCCUCUUGCAUUCGUUCCAACGCCGGCGAGGCGUGUUUUUGUUAAAGAUGACACUCAGCCGUCGACUUCGAAAUCGAAUGCACCUCGACUAGCUAGUCCGGUCAGAACGUUGCCUAAACAGAGGGAACGUUCAGCUGAACCACCUCUCAGACUCGGUGAAUCUAUUAAAGGUAAAGAAAAGGCGGCUCCGGUUCUCAAAAGGCCAACGACAGUUGUUGCCAAACUGCCAUUUCCUUUGGUUCCUUCAGAAACGCAAACUGUAUCGGUUCCAUCAGUAGCUCAAGCGCUUGCCCAGGAUGAAGCCAAUAAACCCAAAUCUAGUCCGCUUAAAUCGAAUCUUAAACAACCCACAAGCAGAAUACCUAGGAUUGGUGCCAAACCUUAUGCUCGUUCUGGUGAUACGAAAUCAACAGCCAAGGCCACUUCAACCACCACCCCACGGAUAGUCGAUUUGACCAAGGUAAAUUCUCUCAAUUAUGAGGUUUUCUUGUUAACCAAUCAUUUUUACCUUUCACAGCCUCCACCGAAACCUUCAAUCGUAGAGAAUGCACGCAGAAGCGUUCGUGUGCCUGAUUCUACAAAAAGCACAGUGGUUAGUAGUUCGAAGACCAAGCCUGCUACUGCUACAUCUGCAACUGUCCUGAAGAGAAAGAGAGAAGCAGAGAAGGUUUCUCCGCCUAAACCUCGUGUGGUCAUAAUUCGCAGAGUACCCCCCGUAGUAACCGCGGCGGCCAACGAACCAUCUACGAGCACGCCGACCCAAGCGUCGAUUCCAAGCGCUGCCCCUUCUGUUCCCGCGAAAUCUAAAAAGCCAUCGCAAGGACCUUUACGAAUUCGCCGAGUGAUGGACCCUGAACCACCUGUUACGCGACAAGUAACGCCACCUCCACCUCCAGUGGUGCCACCAGAACACGAAGUUGAACUGCCUACAAUAGUUGUCAACCCACCGCGGGCGGUAAAUGGACAAUUAGCACCGAUUAAAGACCCUUCGCCUCCCCAAGAUAUGGAAGUUGAUGAGCUAUUACCUAGUUCCCCACCUGAGCCGGCCUCACUGGAACCCGAAUCUGUACCAAUGGGAGAAAAUGCCACCUCCGAGACGGUCGUUGUAACACCCACUCCUAUUGUCACUGUCACCGACUAUUCUAGCAUCGAUCCUCCUACUUCUGGUUUGCGGCGAACGACUCGGUCGCGGAGGACUACUACUACUGCUAUUGAUGUCUUUGGUGAAGGUAACUCGCGGUCGACUGCCAGCAGUCGACGGAAGCCUCCAGCCUUCCGGUCUGAUGAUGUGUUCUCCGGGAUGAGUAUCACGGCUCUCAAAGAUCUGACGACGUCUAACACUGUGCACAAUCAAAAGUAUCUGGCUGCGAAGCUGGAGACUGAGGUUGUUCGCAGAGAGGGGAUUCGACCGGAAAGUCCGGCUAUGAAAGUACGUACUGUUUUGCAGCGGCAGCAGGAUGAGAGGGAAAAGCAGAGAGCGGAGAGGGCGCAGCGCCGAUCUAGACGAAGCGGCGAGCUAUUAGAUGAAGAUAUGGAAGGAUCUAGCGAUGUUGGAUAUUCGAGCCUAGGGGAGGAGCAUGGUGCGGAUGAAGAGCAGCAGGUGAAGCAUCAAAGAGGGGCAGGGGAUGAGGAAGACUAUGUGACGCCGGAGAGACCUCUCAAACACCUCAAGCGGACACGGCUCUUUGGCGAUCCUGAAGAAGAGGAACCUGAGCCACCGAAGAGGAGAGUGAAAUGGGAUCGUGGACUCUUUACGACGGUUUAUCUGGAUGAAGUGCAGCUUGGAAGUCGACAAACAACCAAGGAAAAUGUGUCUUUAAAGGGUAUUCUGGCUCCUACGGCUAAGGCUCUACGACUGGACACUCUAGGAAACUUGCCCCAUGCAGAUACCCCACUCACCGAUUUGGUACAAGAAAACAUCACAGUCAAGAAAAUUGUUUAUGACAGUGAUGUCAUCGAACCCGAAAUUGUUGUCAAGAACACACGGGCAAAAAAGAAGAAAUAG